AUGUCCGUCGACCCCAUCACCUGCCACAUCCUCGACACCACCAAGGGCAAGCCCGCCGCCAACGUGUUGUGCCAGCUCUACUUACUCGGUGACGUCAACGACGACGUCGCCGAGGUGAGCACCGUCCCCGAGCCCGUGGCCAUGGCCCACACCGACAACGACGGGCGGGUGAAGCAGUGGACGUUAAACCCGAAAAUGGACGCGUCAACCAAGCUGAAGUUGGGCGUGUCGGGCGACAAGUGGACGACGUUGAAGCCGGGCAUCUACAAGGUGAAGUUCUUGACGGGGAAGUACUUUGUCCAGCAGCAGCUGGCGACGUUCUUCCCGUUUGUCGACGUCCACUUUGUCGUUGCUAACCCUCCCGACAACCAUUACCACAUCCCCUUGCUUCUUUCUAACCACUCGUACUCGACCUACCGCGGGUCGUAG